GUCACCCCCGGCGAGCACAGCGACCACCACACCCUCUGAACGCUGCCCGCCACGAUGGGCGUGUUGACUUCAUACUACACUUAUGGUUUGCCAACCUUUCUGGUGACUAUAAUAGGUCUCUACCUUCUCUUCACUGGUUCCGGUGAGGCCUUCAAUGUCGGCCGUUUCUUGGAAGAGACAAGCCCAUAUGCUUGGGCGGCGACCGGCAUCGGCCUUUGCAUUGGCUUGAGCGUGCUGGGCGCUGGAUGGGGUAUCUUCAUUACCGGGUCGUCCAUCCUUGGUGGGGGCGUUCGGGCUCCCCGGAUCCGAACUAAGAACCUCAUCAGUAUCAUCUUCUGUGAAGUCGUGGCCAUCUACGGUGUCAUCAUUGGCAUUGUCUACUCCGCGAAGAUUACGACCGUUCCCGAGGCGGAGCUCUAUACCCGCGAGAACUACUUCACCGGCUAUGCGCUUUUCUGGGGAGGGCUCACCGUAGGCGCGUGCAACCUCCUGUGCGGCGUCUGCGUGGGUAUCACUGGGUCGACGGCUGCACUGGCCGAUGCCGCCGACCCGGACUUGUUCGUGAAGAUCCUCAUCGUGGAGGUAUUCGGGAGCAUCAUGGGUCUCUUCGGACUCAUCGUCGGACUGCUCAUGAUUGGCCAAGCGGGUGAGUUCAAGAGCGGAGGAACCGUGCCAGUGGCGCCUGCUGUCGCAUCGCCCUACGUACAUCGAUACGUCGACUUGUGAUCACUGUCUUAGGAUAACUUAAUGGAAGGCUGACAAUCAAUGUCCUUUUGCGCGUCCUCUCCGGC